AUGAAUUUCAAGUUGCUUCUUGCCGUCGUCGCCUUCGCGGCACUCUUCAGCGCUUCCGAGGCUAAUUUCUUGGAAUGCGAGAUGUGCGAGAUGAGCGUUAGAGUCGUCGUGCCAAUGCUCGGACAAGACACUGAAAACAUCGAGAAGGCUGUUGAUGACGAGUGUAAGAAAGAAUUCCACAAGAUUCCAUUCGCUUCCCAGGAAUGCAAGAACUUUGUCAACUCUAAGCUCGAUCCCAUCAUCAAGGAGCUCGAGGGAGGAACUGCUCCAAAAGACGUCUGCAAGAAGCUUAGCAUGUGCUAA